AUGGACGAUGCCACCAAACAAGCACCCAUAGAUGACGCGACCAGUAAGAAGCUAAAUGAACAAGCACGCAUGGAUGCCACCAAACAAGCACCCAUAGAUGACGCGACCAGUAAGAAGCCAAAUGAACAAGCAUGUAUGGACGAUGCCACCAAACAAGCACCCAUAGAUGACGCGACCAGUAAGAAGCCAAAUGAACAAGCAUGUAUGGACGAUGCCACCAAACAAGCACCCAUAGAUGACGCGACCAGUAAGAAGCCAAAUGAACAAGCACGCAUGGAUGCCACAAAACAAGCACCCAUAGAUGACGCGACCAGUAAGAAGCCAAAUGAACAAGCAUACAUACCAGCCUGA